AUGAGUGAUCCGCCCCUCCACGCGUACGUACUUGUGGCCCCCGCGCGUCGCCUGCUCUGUUGUGACUUUGAGUUUGCCCUUUCAUCAUCUUGUGUGCAAACAUGGCUCUCGCUGGUUGUCCCGAUUACUUCCUGCAUCAUCCAAAUUAUCAGAAGGAUAAUAUUGACCACUCUUCAAAUCGCCAACAAGCUAACCAAAGUGAUCCAAGUUCUCCAAACCAUAAUCAAGAAGACGAUGUGGAUCUGGAAGCCCUUGUGA